AUGGCAAGAAUAGAAAAAGUGGUCAAGAUCUCAGAACAAGAGCUAGACCGAUUAAAGCAAAAUAGGAAUGAAGUGGCAGAGAUACCAAGGAAGUGCUUGGAGGAGAAGGCGAAAGCUUUGGCCAACCAAGGAGAAUGGGCAACAUUCAUCAACGUAUUAGCUCUGCUAGUGUUUGGGACAGUACUAUUCCCGAAUGUAGACGGGUUGGUGGAUCUAGUGGCGAUCGACGCCUUUCUUGCUUAUCACCACAGCAAGGAAAGCCCGAUCAUUGCUGUUUUGGCAGAUACAUGUGAUAUAUUCGACUUGAGAUGUGAGAAGAGCAAUGCAAGAAUUGUCUGUUGUACACCUGCUCUUUAUGUAUGGUUUGUAUCCCAUGUUUUUUAUCAUGAGGGUAGAUCAGUCUGUCUCCUACAAGGUCAUCUCAUGUGCUCCGAAGAGGGUAAAGAAAAUUGGGAAGAACUCUUGGUAGGCAUGACGGGAGUGUCCAUUAGUUGGUUCCCACGGUGGAAAGAAGGAGAGCCAGGAGUGUUAUGCUCAUGCUAUCCUAUGAGAGGUGAGUCGUCGGAGAAAAUCAUCACGCCUUUCAUCGAGCGAGGUUUCAAUGAAGCUAAUGCGAAGAUACUUCACAAAAUCUGUAAAGCGUGGAAUAGAGUGGGAAGAAAAGAUAAGGAGCUUAGGGGAGGUAGCAAUGGCGUCAUCAGUGACUAUCACAAGUGGUUGAAGUCUAGAAUGCAAGGGAUAGCCUGGCUCCCAAAGCUGAGAAGUCUAAGUAGGAAAGAGGCUGAAAUUCUUGUGGAAAGUGAAGAAGUGCAAGCUUUGAAAGCAGAGCUCGAAAGAACAAGAUUGGUGAAAGAGAAUCUUAAGACGGUAGUCACUAGGGUCAGAAAAGAGUGUGAUGAGCUGAAAGAUAUCAACAUGACCACGGUUGAAGCAUUAGAGUGGGAAACAAAAAGGGCCCGAAAGGAAGAAUGGAGUAGGAACAAGUUUUGA